AUGAAUAUGGAUUUUAAUCAUAAUAAUACUAUUACCAGAGGGUCUUCUUUAAAUCUAAUGCUGAAUAAAGAGCCUACUAGCACUACUAAUGACAAUUUUACCAAGAAUAUACCACUCCAUGAUUAUCCCAUGGUUAUUAUACCUGGCUACUUUAAAGAUAAACGAGUAACCUUAACUGAUCCAGAAAUCUUAUUUAAUAAAGAUAAACUAAAUUAUAGAAACGUUAAUUUGGAUACCAGAUUGACUAGUUUACAGAAAAGAGAAAAGAAAAAGAAAAUUGUACAAUUGGCCACGGAUUUUUAUAGAAUUAAUAACAGUACUUAUGCAAAUAAUCGUGGUGUGGAAAAGGGAGAAGGGGUCUUUGAUAUAGUUAAAGUUUCGUCUAGAGCAGUAGCCGAAUAUUUUGGGAUACCCAAACAGUCCUUUAAUGAUCAUCUUACUGGUAAACAUUUGAAUUCUGCAAUACAUGGGCCACAGACAAAGUCUUUGAUUAAUGAUGUUGAAUUUAAAUAUUUGCAAAAUGUCUUAAAUGUGUUGAAACUUCAAUUCAGCCAACGAUAUCCGGAUAAAACUUUGCUUAUAUCAAACAAAUCCUUACAAGAUUUAAUUAAUUUGGCACUUAUUAAAUCACAUAUAACGCAGGAAGAUUUGAGCGCUCUAAAUUAUAUGAUUCAUCACCAAAAACAAAUGCAAGAAAAUGGCAACAACAACAAUAAUAAUAAUAAUAGUGAUCAGAAUGAUCAGUUGAAUAGGCAUUUAAUUGUUUUACAAAUACUAUUUAAAUUAUUAAAGGAAGAUUUUUCAGAUUCAAAUUCAUAUCAAAUUAUAAACAAUGAACCACUUUUCCAGUUUUUUGAUAUUACUAUGUUGGAAGAGCUAUUGAAUCAAUUAAUUACACUUCUUAAACUACCCUCAACAGUUUCAUCUAGUGAUAAUAACAACAAUAAUAAUAAUAGUAGUAGUAGUAAUGGUGGUAAUGCUAGUACUAGUAGUAACUGUGAUCUAAGCUUCCCUAAAACUUUUAGUAAAAGCACCUUGAAUAGAUUAAGGAAAAGACUUGGAUUAUUACGUCAAGUAACGAAAUCUACACAAGUAGAUACAGAUCGUUCUACGGAUAUUGAAACUUUGAAAGCUAAUGAUACUAUAGUAUCGAAUGGCUCUGUUAUUGAAAACAGUAAUACUUUAAAAAGAAAACUGGAGAUUCAAAAUGCUAGUGAGUUGGAACAAUUUACAAAUAUAACAUAUAUGUUAACUAAUAUGCAAAAGCAAUUGGAUAUAUUUAGCAAGACUGUUACUGGACAAGAGACGGUUUCGAAUAGACAAGAUUUUGAUUCUAUAUUAAAAAAGAUGACAUGUAUUAUUACUGAUAAAGAUUUAGGAGAAGAUACAAUUACAAAGAUUAACAAUUAUAGAAAACUUCGAUUGAAAUUAUUAGAACUUCUUAAAGAAAUUAAAGGUCCAAAAUCAAUGGCUGUUUCACUUGUAGAUCAUAUAGCUGUUACAUCUGAAGUAAUUUUAAAAUUGGUUUUUGAAAAUGUAAGAUUGAAAAAAAAUCUAAGAAAUUUAACUCAAGUUUCACAUAACGAUGAUAACAGCAACAACAAUAAUAAUAAUAAUCUCAAUAUUCUUAAUAAUUCUACUACGUUAUCACAUUCCAGUAUUAUAAAUAGUGACGUUCAAUAA